AUGUACCAGAAGAGGCAGAAGGAUAUAAUAAGCACUUUACCAGACGAAAUCCUCUGCCACAUUCUCUCUUUUCUGCCGACCAACCACGCCGUUAAAACAAGCGUCCUUUCCAAGCGGUGGAACCCUAUCUGGCGUUCAAUUACCACUCUCGAUUUCGACGAUUGCAGUUAUGGAAUCACCACUUAUCCCCUCUUUGUUCAAUCGGUGUACUCAGUUUUCCUGUCCCGAAAUGUGCACCAACCCAUCCAAACAUUCCGAUUCAAGUGUUGCCAUUAUUCUCUUUGCAGUGCCAAUGCUAACAAUUUUAAAACAUGGGUUGAUGCUGCGUGUCAACGACGAGUUGAACAGCUCGACCUAUGUUUUCCUCGGCAUACGGGUAAAAGCGUCAACUUGCCCUGUUCCAUACUCAACUGCAGAACCCUUGUCGUUCUCCAAUUGGGUGUAUCUUUUCGUAACCAUUCACUGGGAGCAGAGUUUAAAACCUUGCUCAAUUUGCUCACCGCUAAAGUCGUUCAACUUGAGGUUCCUUUGACAGUAACCAGUAAUGUUCAGUUUCUCCAAGUUGACUGGGCGGCCUCUUUUGUCGUCCGUUACGAAGACAUUCCCGUGUUUCACAAUUUAACACACAUGGUUCUCUUCAUAGAUAAGGAUCGUGCUUAUUUGCAUAAGGUGGUAGAAGUGCUCAAGCAUUGUCCUAAGCUUCGAAGUCUUGCCGUUGACACGAAGAAAAUUCCAGACUACCUUACAUCUGAUGAACAUGAAGAUGGGCCACAUGAUCCACAACCUGUUCCUGAAUGCCUAUCAUUGCACCUUAGAACAUGUUCUCUUAAUAAUUAUUACGGUAUAGAAGCUGACUUUCAAUUGCCAGAUAUAUUACGAUAUUUUGUAGGUUCUGUAAUUUCCUCUGAUUUUUCUAAUAUUCACUUCUCACUGGAAUCUGGGGAUUUCAGAGAUUAUGAAGAUGAAGAUGAUGAAGUCAAUAAUGAUGAUGAGACAAAUGAUAUUGAUGAAGGACAUAUUCCUUUAGACAGCUCGUCAGAUACAGACAUUGAUGGAAUCGGAAGAGUUGAUCCCAUUUCCCUCUACAUGCUUCUCUGUGAGAAACUCAAGGAUUCACAUUCUGCUGCAGAGAAAUGUUCUAAGUUCGCCGGAAUCCCUCUAAUUUCUCGAAGUCGCUUGCAACAAUUCAAGUGA